AUGAACGCAGUUAUACAAUGUCUCAGCUCUACUUCCCCACUUGUUGAAUACUUCUUUUCUUGGCAGUUUGAGAACUUGACUGCUCGGAAGAAAAAGACAUUUGUGAAUGCCUUUGCUAAGCUUGUGGUGGACCUGUGGUUUGGUGAAUCUCAGUCUGUGACACCAGAAGACUUUUGGGAUGCAUUGUGUUGUGUUCACCCACCUUUUGGGAAGAUAAGUCAACAGGAUGCACAGGAACUGCUCAUAUACACUUUGAAUGGAUUACAUGAGGAUCUAACAAAGACUAUCAACAACAAAUCCUCUAACAUGGUGCAAGGUAUCAUUAUCAGGCAUACCAUAAGGAGUGCUUCCAAUACUCCAAUCACACGCUUUUUCCAAGGAGUUCUUAGCCAGACAAUAAUUUGUAUGGAGUGUAGAAGGAGAAGUUACAAGGAGGACAUUUUUACUGUACUUUCAAUUCCCAUACCUUCUGGAAAUAAAGCAUCUUUGAUGCAAUGUCUACAGUGCUUCUUCCAACAAGUCAUGUUGACCAGCACAGAUAGGAUAUUCUGCUCUUACUGUAAAACCAAACAAGAUGCUACAGUUGAAGUGAAGAUAAGCAAACCUCCAAAGAUUCUAAUUCUACAUUUAAAAAGGUUUGAACAUCAAGGCCGGGUAAGAAGAAAGCUGAAAACCAAUGUAACCUUUCCUUUAACCAAUUUAGACAUGUCACCAUUCGUAACAUUGUAUAACGUUACACUUUCAGAGUUUCACCUAUAUUCUGUUGUGGUGAGUAUAAUUGUUUAA